AUGCGCUCCCCAGAACCGUCCGCUUUCCCCCCGUCCGAAGCCCUUCUUCACGGCCAGUUCGCCAGCUGGGGCAACGGUGGUAACAACAGUAGCAGCGGCAACAACAACAGCUGCCCCAACAGCCCCGGCGGUCCGGGCGGGCUUUCCCCAGCCGGCUCCCCGACGCCGGCUCCGGCCUCUAACUACGCGCUGACCCUCACCCACGCACACGUCCACAUCCAGCGUCUGUCGCCACGUCCCGGCAAGGAGGCUCGACUGCUCCUGCCGCUGUCGGAGCUGGUGGGAUGCAGCUGUCCACGAGCCCCCGCGCCGCCUCUUAUAGUGCUAUACUGGUACCCGCCGGGGAAACGACGCAAAGGGGUGUCACGCCGCCGCCAGGUGAGGGCGUACCUAGCUGAAAGCAGACCUGAGGCAGAGAGGUGGUCGGCCGCUUUGCAGUGUUUACUUCGAGGGGUGCCGGUCACUGCUGAAACAGAAUUUUCCAGAAGUCUCCUACCUCGUCCCAGGCGACUACUACUGCUGGUCAAUCCCUUCAGCGGGAGAGGACAGGCAAUGCAGUGGUGUCAGACACAUAUCCUGCCCAUGAUCAGAGAGGCCAACAUUAGCUACAACCUGAUCCAGACAGAGCGUCAGAACCAUGCCCGAGAACUUAUAAGAGAGAUUUCCCUCCCAGAGUGGGAUGGUGUCAUCAUCAUUUCUGGAGAUGGCCUCCUGCACGAGGUGAUAAACGGCCUAAUGGAGCGUCCAGAUUGGGAGCAAGCAAUAAAAACGCCUGUUGGUAUUCUGCCCUGCGGCUCUGGCAAUGCACUGGCCGGGUCUAUCAACCACCACGCAGGGUAUGAUAUGUGCCUUCGGGAACCUCUCCUCUUGAACUGUUGCUUCCUGCUGUGUCGUGGUGGCGUGCGGCCUAUGGACCUGGUCUCCGUGACAACCAGCCCGCCCACCACCAAUAGCCGUGCAGCUUCGUUGAUGCCCAGGAGGCUAUUUUCAUUCCUGUCAGUCGCCUGGGGAUUCGUGUCGGAUGUAGACAUCGAAAGUGAGAGGUAUCGUGGCCUGGGCUCAGCACGCUUCACUCUAGGCACCUUGGUCCGCAUCGCUUCACUCCGCUCCUACAAGGGUCGUCUGUCAUACCUCCCCCCGUCUAUCGUGGCGUCCUCUCCUGACGCCACGCCUCCCCCGCCAAGGAGACCCCUCUCCCGCAGUAUCACCGAAGGCCUAGAGGGCUUCUGCAAGCCCCCCAUCCAUCGAACUUCCUCCGACAUGGGCAUCAGCGAACAACGGAGUCUACGUCGGGGCGAGGGUGAGCGGGAGAAGGAGGAAAGGCAGCGAGAACGAGAGAGAAGACGGGAGCGAGCGCGAGGGGGAGGAACCCGCGUAGUCAGGGCCAGCAGUUUGAUGGAGGACAGGGAGAAAGAGAAGGAAGGAGAGGUUGAAAUGGAGGAACAGCGUCUGAAAGGAGGACGAGGCGACUGCAACACGAACGAUUGCGGAUUAACGCAGAUACAAGACGAGCAGGAGGACGAAGGACGAACAGAGGAAGACUCCAGUGAGAUGGACGAGGAGGAGGAGCUUCAAGCAGGCGAUGGGGUCAAAGGUGAAGGGGCGGUGCGAGCGCAAGAACUCGGCGAGGGCUUGGAUUCAGACGAAGGUUGCUUCACCUGCCAAGAUGGACUCCAGCAAUCCAGACAAACCCUCAGGAAGAACUCGGCACCUUCAAGCCAGAUCGUUAACACUCUCUUCGGGCAAACCGACUCCAAUUCCGGCCCGUCAUACGCGAUGGAGGACUUGGAUUUAAACGGAAGCUACUACCAGAAAGAGGUGUACCCGCUUGAAGUCUCCCGUGAGCGAGCCCUCACCAUCUCGUCCUCCCCGUUUCGCCACUCUCCUUUCUCCUUCAAGUCUCGGAAUGUGGACCAAAACCAAAACUCCACUCGUCCGAGACCCCUCUCUCUUCUUCAGCACUCGCACUCCAACUCCUUGCCUCCUAAACUUCCGUCCCUGUCACUUUCUCUGUCCCCCACACCUCCGUCCUCGCCUUCCUGCACCUCCCCGCACUCCUCGUCCUACCUGGCCCCGCGUCCCAACACGCCCGGUUCGGCCUCGCCGUCCCCCCUCGCACGCAUGCCGUCUUUCAACUUUGACAUCGCCGAGCCAGCCGGACCCCUUAAGAACCGUCCCUAUUUGCUGCCUUUAAACAUCCCGAAAGAUGACCUCUUGCCCCCGCUAGAUCAACCCCUUCCCACGCGAGACUGGGUGACCAUCGAGGGCGACUUCGUACUGGUUCUGGCGCUUUAUCAGAGCCACCUGGGAGCCGACCUUUUUGCCGCGCCACAGGCUAAGUUCGACGACGGGCUAAUCCACCUGACCUUCGUGAGGGCGGGUAUAUCUCGAGCCACGUUACUGCGACUGUUCUUCGCCAUGGAGAGAGGAACGCACCACUCGGUCAGCUCGCCGUUUGUCAGCCACGUUUCCUGUCGCGCCUUCAGGCUGCAGCCUCUGUCCACACGCGGAACCCUCACGGUGGAUGGAGAGCUGGUGCCGUGUGGACCUUUACAAGCACAGGUGCAUCCCUCCAUGGCGCGCCUCAUUGUCGGUGACUCCGGAGUGCAAGUCACCAGGUUCUAA